AUGACAAUAUCGUAUACUCUCGAUGUCUCUCAAACGAACAUUCAAAGUUUUGUGAGACUACUAUGUCGAUGGCGAGGAAGUGUAUGGAAGGCCGUCUGCGGUCAACUGUUAAUCUGGACGGCAGCGUUUCUACUCGUCAGCUGUGUGUACCGCUAUGUUCUCAGCCCGGAUCAGCAAAAUUGGUUCGAGCACUUGGUGAAGUAUCUUGGAUUCGAAGCUCGACUCGAACAUACCGCUCACGUUCAUGCUGGGCUUCUUCGUUUCAUUCGUCGUUGGACGUUGGGGCUCAAUUCUGAACGGGAUCGGAUGGAUCGACGAGUACAUGGUUUUAUGCCAAGCAUUAGUUCUUCGCGAUAUUUCUAUGCAAGCUUGAUGACUGAGGAGGAAAUGGAGAUCCUGGAUGAAAUCAAGGACCCUUAUAGCAGGUACUGGGCGCCGAUUCAAUGGUGCGUCAAUUUGGUGUACGAAUGCAAGGCCAAUGGCAAGAUUGCCGACUACUACCUCAUGAAUAAAAUCGUUGACGAAAUAAGCAAGUUCCGACAUGGCCUGGCGGCUCUUCUCAAGUAUGAUUGGGUUCCUGUGCCGCUUGUGUACCCUCAAGUCAUCUUCCUAGCAGUUCGUUUUUAUUUUGUGAUUUGUUUAUUUGGACGCCAAUUUAUUGUUACGGGAAAAAAUCCGAGUGGGAUAGAUCUGUGGCUUCCGAUCACCACUAUGAUUCAAUUUAUUGUGUACAUGGGUUGGAUGAAGGUUGCCGAAGCGCUUCUGAAUCCUCUGGGAGAGGAUGACGACGAUCUCGAGUGUAACUAUACCGGCUACUCGAUGGUUGAGGAGAACUUGGCGAGGAUCCCCGUACAGAAAAAGGACGACUUCUGGGGCAUCGAUAAAAUUGCUCCGCUCUACAGUAUCGAAUCUGCCGAACGAUCGGUGCAUCCAUUGGUGGGAAGCGCCAGCAAGAUCAACUUGGUGAAGAAUCGCCACGAGAUCGUGAUGACACCUCAUAAGAACAAACUGAGUGAAUUGACCGAGGAGGAGCAGAAGUCCUAUUUGCGGCGGGUGGGCGUGCAAGCGCACAAUGCCCGCCAUCAUCGCCAGAGAACUCAGGAGAGGGCCAAUAGCCCAGACAAAUGCCUGUCGAAAGUGCGGACGAGAUCCAACGGCAAAUUCCGUGCGGUGUCGUCGAAUGGCACGAGAAACGGUGACGAUCCAUGGCAACGAUCUGGU